ACAAGGUGGCGGGCCGGCCGGUGGGGACGGAUCACUCCGACGGCUAGCGGAAGGCGCCGCCAGAUUGCGGGCCAAUUCAGCUCGAUGAGGCGGGGGCUCCCGGCGCAGAGAUUUUUGUCGGAAAGCAAGUGGCAGCAUCUGAUUGCAUCGAGUGUUCAAUACGAUUGCUUCGUGUAUUCCCCCUAACACAUACAGGAGCGUGCCAAAACUGUCAUCACAUUCCCCCUCAUCUGUAUUAGUUUUCAGAAUGAUGUAAUCUGUCGUCUAAUCCGGUUCUUGCUGGCCUGCAUCAUUGUCAAGUGACAAUAAUUAAAUUGGAGAAGAGAGCGAAGCAGAGAAGAGAAUAUCUCAGGCCUUAUGAAUAAGCAAGACUGCAGGAGCCUUAAAUUUCAUAAGGAGGAUAAGCUCGACGUGUAAGCUGACUACACCUGAUGGAUCUGGAUCAAGAAAUUAAAACUUGUAUAACUCAUUGUGAUUACAUGAUUCCAAUUUGGCAUUCUUGUCAGCCUAAAGUGACCCCCUACCUACAAGCAGUGGCCUUUCUCGGCCUCUCUUUAAUUGUCAUUAUCAUGUUGCUCUCUUUGACCACAACAUCUAAAAAUUUCAAUUUCGAGACAUAAAACAAGAUUCCAAGUUCGGAACUGUAGGGGCGCAUUCUUUUAUAAUUGGCACUAUCUUGCUGCCCUAUGUGAAACCCUUUCUUUUUGCAACUUAUUUUGAUGGAGAACAGUUGAUGGAAAUGGACCAGCCAAGCUAUCAGAACAGCUGAGAAGGAUCAGAAUUGCUCCCAGUUAUCACUUCAGGAGUUCAGGUGGGUAUUUAUUUUCUUCCCCUGUUACUUCUCCACUUUCGGCGUUCAUGCUUGGAUCAUAAAUGAACAUUGCAAAAGUGCAGAAGUUACUGGCAAUUCAAUAGGGACAAAUGUACAAUCUACAGUUUUCACAUACUUAAAUGCAUCCAAAUUUGCACUAGGACAAUGUUGAUUCUUGGACAACAAUAGUGAAUCAAUAACUAAUGUAACUGUGGUUGGCUUGAUGAUUUAGAUCCAAAACAAAACCGUCUACGAACACAAUCAAUAUGGCUAGCUGUUGUACAUGUCAGUACGGAUGGGAAGAACAAUUCCCAACUGUUUGCCUCACGUACGAUUAAUAUUAUUUUUCAUAGCAGAUAAACCAUGAUCACAAGAACACGGUUCCUAAUCAAGUUGGCCAGUGGCCACCAUGCCUCGUUGCUGCCUAAUUUUACUGCAGAGUCUGGAUGCAUUGCAUGCCUAUAUAUACUUGCUGGAUAGCUUCAGCAGCUAAAUACCUGAAAGUACAUCAUUGCAAAUGGACAGCAUCACAACUGUUCUUGCAUGUACGGCCUCGAUCAGCACAUUCACGGCCGUGGUUAACUCGAUUGAUCACGGACUGGAUAUAUCUCAUCAUCCAUUGAUUUGAUUCUGUCAUGUUUUGCAACCCUUCUCUGUUUUACUGAGGGGGUUUUGACACCAUCUGAUCUGGCCUUGUUGGAGAAUCUUUUGUUGCAUUUAGGUCCAGAUGGCUUCAACAUGUACUAGAUCUAUAUGCUCUUUGUGGAGUAAAUGGAAGCAGUUAAAAAAGCAAGCAGUGCAUGCAGCCAAUGUUAGUAGCAUGAGUCACUACACUUGGGAGGCUUUUGUGGUGAUCUCCACAAUGGCAGAAACACAUGAGAGGGCCCCUACCUGCCUCACUACUCACCUGUGAUUGUUCUUUCCCACACUAAUGAUAUCUCAACCAAUUCUUGGAAAGUUGGAGGAACAUUUGCUCCUAGGCCCCCAUCCUCCCAAAAGUUGGAAUCAUCACAUUGAGUGUGCAAAUGCAGUGCUACAAAUCUCACAUUUUCAGGUAAUAAAUUCACAGUGCUACCCUACCAUGUGUUUCUUUCAUGAGCGUUGGAUCAGAAAUGAAGAACUUGCAUAUCUAGGAUUAUCUGGUACGGUGGCACUAUUUCGGAUACUACAAAAUUGGUGAUAUUGCUCUAGAUGAGUUCUGGGACAGAAUGUGUGGGUGUAGGACCAUGAGGCCCUCAGUUUUGAACUUUUGAUGAUCUGAUCUAUUCAUCCAUAAUAGGUAAGAAGAAACCUUUAAAAUGAGAGAAGAGCAUUAUUGUUACACUCAAUGUAAAAUAUCAACAAACUGAUCAUAUGCGCAAAACGAUAUGAUUUUGAGGUAGUUUUACCGUUCACAAAUAGGUACCAAGAAGUAGCAUAGUUACCUCUCAGUGUCUCUUAAUUAAGAUCCCAAAAAAAUAUCUCAAAAAAUGGUGCCUGAGGUGGCACCAAAAAGUUAUCAAUUUUUAUUAUAGAAAAUAUGAUACCUCUAAUGACGACUCAAUGACCAUAAAAUUUAUAUGCGAUUUUCGUAGAACAAAAAUACGUAGAUAAUAAUUCUAGAUGAUCACCUAAGUUAAUUCUAAGAUUUGAACACCGAUGGGUGAUGGCUAGAGUAUUGGAUUUUAACCCUCUGCGUUUUGACAACCAAUAUAUAUAAGUGCCCUUUCAAACCCAACUUCAGGCUUAUUCGGUUUAAAGAAAUUUCAACAUAUAGGAAUAGGACAAAUGGAGAAAUAGAAAUACAUGUACACAUCAAUCCAUAGGAAUUUUUCAAACGGUUUGAGUGAAUGAAAAAUUCCCUACGUUCUCUCUCUACAUCUAGUAGGAAAGGGAAACUAUCUUUACUUUUCCUUUACUCGCAUUCUUACGAACCAAAUGACAUAUAUAAAAAUUACUUCAUCCGUGUCACAAUGACUUACAUUAUGAAACGGAGGGAGAGUUAUUCUUAUGAAUCCAAAUCUUUGUUUUCCCCGGUAGCGCGUCCCCCGUGGCGCCUUGGCCUACAUGUAAUGCCACUGAACCUCCACUUCACACCAACCAACCCCCACCCAUCGCUCUUUCCCCUCUCCCCCUCUCUGCAGCUUCUCUGGUCCGAACUAUCCCUACAAAGGAGCCACACGCAUAUCUCGCCCCGUUUCUGCUCUACAAGCCUAUUAUAGCACUGACAUGUAGUGUGUUUCGUUGCAUUGCAACCCCCGCUCCUGAAUUCUCUCACUCUCUCUGCUCCUCCCGUUUCCUGGACCUCGUCGUCGUCGUUGUGCGGGCCGAUGGGGAACCCGCCGGAGCUGUACUACAGGAUCCUCAACAUCUCCAGGGACACGUCGCCGAAGGAGAUCAGGGCGGCGUACAAGACGCUGGUCCGGCAAUGGCACCCCGACAAGCACCCGCCCUCCUCCAAGAACGAGGCCGAGGCCCGCUUCAAGGCCAUCACCGAGGCCUACGAGGCGCUCCUGGACCAGCAGGAGAACAGGGCGGCGUUCGGGGCGCGGGGCAACGUCGACGCCGUCGACGAGAAGGGAGAUAGGACUGCUGCCGCCGGCGGCGGCGGCGGCGGCGGCGCCACCACUACCGGCGGAGUCGGCGGCGACGGGCGUGCGCCGUCGUCGGCAAUGCCGCGGGCGCAGGGCGCCGAGAAGAAGAAGGCGCCCUCGGCGGCGGCGCCGCCGCCGACGAGGACCGCGCCGUGCGGCACGCCGGCGAGGGAGUUCAAGAAGCCGGUGCUGUACAGCUCGACGGGCCUCGGCGAGGCCGCAGGCGGCGGGCGGCGGCGCGCCUUCGCCGAGUUCUCGAGCUGCGUCGUGCGCAAGGCGCCGCCGCUGGAGCGCAGGGUGGAGUGCACCCUCGAGGAGCUCUGCAGCGGGUGCAAGAAGGAGGUGAAGUACACCCGCGACGUCGUCGCCAAGAACGGGCUGGUUUCCAAGAAGGAGGAGACGAAGACGAUCAGGGUGAAGCCGGGUUGGAAGAAGGGGAUGAAGGUGACGUUCGAGGGGAUGGGCGACGAGCGGCCGGGCUGCCUCCCAGGCGACGCCGUGUUCACCAUCUCGGAGAGGAAGCACAAGGUGUUCAAGAGGAAAGGCAACGACCUGGUGCUCAAGGCCGAGGUGCCGCUGGUGAGCGCGCUCACCGGCUGGUCCUUCUCCUUCCGGCUGAUCGGCGGCGAGAAGAUGAGCUUCACGUUCCGCGACGAGGUCAUCUCCCCCGGGUACGAGAAGGUGGUCGCCGGCGAGGGCAUGCCCGUCGUCGCCGCCGGCGGCGGCGGCGAGAAGGCCGCCGCCGCGCGCGGCGACCUCCGGGUGAAGUUCGACGUCGUCUUCCCCAAGAACCUCACCGGCGAGCAGCGCGCCGGCCUCGCCAGCAUCCUCAGAGCCUGUCCGUGAUCGAAUUACCACACGCAUAGUAGUACACAUUUUUACAAGUUUUUUUUUUUUGUUUCUACUCGUGUAGAAAAUUUUGGUUUCAUUUUUUGGUGUUGAUAUACUAGCGAUGGAUCGAUCGAUCGAUCACCCUGCAGGUGAGUACAUAAAGAUCGAGUAUGAGAUCUGAGCGACCGUUUUGACGCAUAUACGUAUAUAAAUACGGGAUGGUUGUUGCAGGAACAA